CCAGAGGCUAAAGUUCAUUCUGAAUCCCCUGAACUAAUACUGACAGACACAACUCUGCAUUUACCAUAUUAUUGUGAAGACUUUAACCUUCAAACGGACUUCUAAGCUCAGUUGUUUGCACAGCUGAGUUGUUGCAUUGCAUUUUGCGCCAAUUUCUGCACGAGCUCGUUCCAUGCGACGCAAAACAUGUUUUCUUCAAUCAAAAUUGCUACUAAAACUCGAGUAGUCUUUGGUGGAUCUCAAGUUUUUAAAACGUGUGCUUCUCAGAGAGUCGUGAAAUGGGGGGACGUCGACGGGAAUCAGAGCAGUGUGUCUUGCACACGGCGAAUGUCCGGGAAAGGUUUCAAUGUCCCACCGAGCGCGGAGUUUGUGGCGAGGGUUAGCGGAAUCGCGACUAUGUGCAAACUACCGUUUCAGGAAACAGCGGACGGCCUGGACGCGGCGUUUGUCGGGGUUCCUAUUGACACCGGAACAUCCAACCGUCCCGGUGCAAGAUUUGGUCCGAGGCACAUCAGGGCAGAAUCUUCUAUGUUAAGGGCAUUCAACGGCUGGACAAGAGCGGCCCCGUACGAAUCUCUAAGAGUGGCAGAUAUCGGUGACAUUAACGUCAAUCUUUUUGACCUGAAGGACACAUGCAAAAAAAUACGCGAGGGAUACCGUAAAAUUGUGGCCACGGGGUGCAUCCCACUUACACUGGGAGGUGAUCACACAAUUGCAUACCCGAUUCUUCAGGCAGUCUCUGAGAGACAUGGUCCAGUGGGCCUAAUACAUGUGGAUGCCCAUGCGGACACUAGUGACGUGAUUCUGGGGGAGAAGAUUGGCCACGGGACCCCUUUCAGGCGCUGUGUGGAUGAGGGUCUCCUGGACUGCAAGAGGGUCGUCCAGAUCGGGCUUAGAGGCCCGAGUUAUUCUCCAGAUAAUUAUGAGUGGAGCCGAGCACAGGGUUUCCGUGUAGUUGAGGCUGUGGAGUGCUGGCACAAAUCUCUUGUCCCUCUCAUGGAGGAGGUUCGCUCACAGAUGGGAUGCGGACCUGUCUAUCUCAGCUUUGACAUAGACAGUCUAGACCCUGCAUACGCUCCCGGGACAGGAACGCCCGAGAUAGCAGGUCUCACACCCAUCCAGGGUCUGGAAAUCAUCCGAGGUUGUCGAGGUCUUAAUCUUGUCGGUUGUGAUUUGGUUGAGGUUUCUCCACCUUAUGACACCACAGGAAACACUGCUUUGACUGGUGCUAACCUCCUUUUUGAGAUGAUGUGCGUCCUUCCGAAAGUCAAAUACUAUUGAUUGAUCACAAAGAUGUUUGUGAAAUGUCCCAGGUAAUUGCACAUUGUCAUAAAAUCUACAUGAUUUAUGUACAAAAAGGGAAUUUCAGCAACAAAUUUCUUUAUUUGAAGUAGCAAAACAAUGUCGUUCCAUCACAAUCUAUAACAAUAACCCUUGAUGUUUAUGAAUUGUGGGGUGAAAUUAAAAUUGUGCAAAUAAAACAUUUCAUGUUUAUUUGAUAUAGUUUUAAAACCAUUUUCAAUAGAUUAAUAAAUAAAACGGAUUAUAUAAUAACAUGAUAACAGUGUCAAUAUUUUACACCACAGACAUGAAAUACAUUUAGUCAUACAGAGUUAAUACAGUAAGCCAUGAAAACUUGGCAUGAUUUAAUGCUGACUAUCUUAAAUUUAAGAUAUUUACCAGUGCAUCGCAAAACAUAUAUAAUAAAAUGCUAAUAUAGUACAAUGGCACCAAUACCGCAUUAUUAAUUGUAAAGUAUAAUGAAUGUUCAUUGAACACCAUAUGAAUAAAGUAAUAUUACUUUAUGGAAGACUUCAUACAGGAGUGGAUUUAACACACCCACAACUUUCUGUGCAUAUGUGAUAUAUAAUCAAACAGACACAUUAACACUAAAAUGGCCUUCCACAGCUAACAUGAAAUGCAUAGUACAAAAUACUUCCAAUCAAGUGUAUUAUUCCUUCUCUACGUACUGUUGCGAAUAUUUUUGCAUGCCACAGCACAUCUAUAAUGAAAGAACGCAACUGGAAAUCUGGCACUAUUAUGUUUACCUGCUCAUUUGUUAGCUGCACUAUAUAGCGUAAUGUGACUAGUAAAGGUCAAUAAAUAGAUUUACUUACACUAUCAACCUGGUUAGAACAUCUCAACUUUCUUGUAUUUUUAGAGACACAAACCCAUAUGAUAUCUUUACAUAGACAUUUAAUAUAAUCAUCUAACUAUUUACACCUUGUAACUGAAACGCAUUUCAUAAAGUCGUGCCAGUUUGUGUUAAAGUGUCGGCAUUUGACAAAGAGCUGCACAACAAAAUGUAUAAAGCUAUAGUACUUAAUUUGUUGAAUGUCUAAGUGGCCAAUUUGAAUUCUAACAAAUAGAAAGUCUCAAAGUAGCCAAAGUUUGGCCUAAAAUUAAUUUUUGGUCAUUUCUGCAAGUAAUUUUUUACAUAGUUUAAGGUUAACAUCAGUUAAUGCAAUUCGUUACUUAGUUGAUGCAUUAGGCGAUUAAUAAUAAUGAAUCACUAUAAAACGUUUCAUA